AUGCACAGGGCGGGGCGAGCUCCAGCCCCUCCGCUGCGGGGGCGACCGGGAUCCAUACACUGGGUGGCCCCGGUUCCAGCCCCUCCGCUGCGGGGGCGGGGCGGGCUCCGUGCACGGGGCAGGCCGGGCUCCAGCCCCUCCGCUGCGGGGGCGGCGAGGGCUCCGUGCACGGGGCGGGCGGGGCCGAGCAGGGCCCCCCCCUCCUCUCUCCCCCCGGGGCUGGGCCCGCUGGGGGCUUCCCCCGCUGGUGACGUCAGGAGGGUUCCCUCCCCGCGCGGACGCGGCCCGGCCGCCCAGUGCCGCAGCCAUGGCCGAGGCGGCGGGAGCGGCGGCGGCGGCGGCGGCGGCAGGUCCUGGAAGCGUCACAUCGUCCGGCAGCUGCAGCUCCGGGACCGGGCGCAGAGCGGCCGCUUCCUGGACGUGGUGCAGGCCUAUACCAAACUGUUGGAAAAGUCCAGCUUGCUGGUGCAUUUCACAGAGAAGCUACAGGCGGAGUCCUUUGAUCUCCAGCCCUCUAGGUCAGGGCGGGAAACUAACGGCUCCGCGCUGGAACCAGGCCUGGGCUCCCCGGAAGCGCUGCAGACCCUGAAGAUAAAGUACCAGGGGCAAAUCGCGGAGAUGAAAGGUGUCAGUGGGGAGUUGGCGUAUCGAAUUAUUGAACUGAGCAAAUUACUCAAGGCCAAAGAGUGUAAACUGCAGGAGCAGAAAACGAGGCUGGCGUCCCUGAGCGGGCGGAUCUCUGAGCUGGAGGCAGAGCAUCAGCAGCUGAAGGGCCGGGCGGAGGAUCUGGGCAGCGGGAACUGUGCCAGGAAGGCGGAAUACGACGCGCUUCACGAGCGUUAUCGGCUCCGGGAGGGGGAGCUGCGGCGAGCAGCCGAGAAGGAGCAGGAGCUGAUUGAGAGCCUGGUGCGGAAGAAAGUGGAGGCUGCCGAGCACCAGAACAAGAAGAACGAGAGGGUGAAGCAAGACCGGCUGUUAAGGGAGCUGAGGAAUGUGAUGAAGAGAACUGUCAGUAUUGAUGUGGAAUCGGACGAGCCGAAGCCGGCAGAGGUGAAAGGGCCCGUCCGAGAGCUGGUGGAACUGGAGGGCUGCGAGAAGCUGUGGAAAAGGCCCUUCAGAUCGGCCUCCGCCACGUCUGUGACUCUGGCCCGGUGCGUGGAUGUCUUCAAGGGGCUGCUGGAUUUCAGGCUGAAACGAGGGAACUCCAUCAGCAGCAGCUCGGAGGUGCACUACCGCUCCAUGCCCAUCUGCCUCGUCACCUGCCUGCCGUCCCGAGUCAGCGACGUCCAGGAGGCGCACUUCUCCGAGGUGAACGCAGUCAAGUUCAGUCCCAGCUCCGGCGUGCUGGCCACGGGCGGGGCCGACAGUCUCAUCAGGCUCUGGAACGUGGCCGGAGGGAGGCUGGAGAGCCUGCAGACCUUGGAAGGGGCUAACGGCAGCAUCACCAGCAUUGAGUUUGACCCGUCGGGCUGCCAGAUCUUGGCGGCGGCGUACAACAACGCAGCGCAGCUGUGGCAUAUCGGGGACAGCAAAUCCAAAGAGACGCUCACGGGCCAUGCUGACAAAGUGACGGCUGCCAAAUUCCGCUCCACCCGCCUGCAAGCGGUGACGGGCAGUCGGGACAGGACAGUCAAAGAGUGGGACCUGUGCAAAGGGGCCUGCUGCAGGACCAUCAACGUCUUCUCCUACUGCAACGACGUGGUGUGCUGUGACAACGUCAUCGUGAGCGGCCACCACGACAAGAAGAUCCGCUUCUGGGACAGCAGGGGGCCCCGAUGCACGGAGGUGAUCCCGGUCGAGGGGAAGGUCACCUCCCUCCACAUCAGCCAGGAUCAGAUGCACCUGCUGAGCUGCUCCAGGGACAACACCCUGAAGGUCAUCGACCUGAAGAUGAACAACGUCCGGCAGGUGUUCCGGGCCGACGGCUUCAGGUGCGGCUCAGACUGGACGAAGGCGAUCUUCAGCCCCGAUAAGAGUUACGCGCUGGUGGGCUCCUCGGAUGGCGCCCUCUACCUCUGGAACAUGGAGAGCGGGAAGCUGGAAACGAUCCUGUCUGGGGAGCACAGGGCCUCCGUGAAUGCUGUGGCGUGGUGCUUCUCGGGCCAGUGCGUUGUGAGUGUGGACCAGGCGAAGAAGGUGGUGCUCUGGAAAUAGGGCUCAGCAUGAUGCCGGGCUGCGGAGGAGGAAUCCAGAGAGGACACCAGCCCCUCCUUUAUCUGCAGCCCUGCCCGGGCCCUGCUGCUACUGUUCUGCUCCCAAGGACUGAAGCAGCCAGGGCUGGAGAGUGGACAAGGUCCCGGAGGGGCAGAGGUGGGGUUAGACGCUGCACCGGCUGCUCUCCAAAGACCUCCGCCUCCGCUAGCAACGGCAGCCGGGGCACUUCGCAGGACGCUGACACUGUGUAAAAGGAAGAUUAGAAAACCAA